UUGGCAGCGUCGCAAGUCUUGGCUGAGCUGGCUCAAGACCGAGUUCAGUCAUCCUCGCUUGACCCUCGUGAGCCUGACAGCACCAUCAGCGUCCAGCCGCUGUCACAACUUGACACCUUCGCGAUACCCGACACUAGACAAGAGGAAGAAAGCUCCGUUUUCUUGGGUGAGUCGACAUCAAUUCGAUAUGUCACCCAUGGAUUCCCAACUCCAUCCGAUGCCGGUGCCUCGACUCCCGAAAACCUGAAGUUCCUGCAUCUAGUGCCAAACGCCGUGAGGGCGGAGAACCUGAUACCUCAGUGGGAGGUAGAACGGAGGCAAGCCAGGAUAAGAUCACUUCGAGCAGAGGGCGUCUUUUCAUUCCCGCCUCAGGAGGCCGUCGAGGCUCUCCUCAGGACGUACUUCCAAUGGUUCCACCCCUGUUUUCCCAUCGUGGAUGAGCUGGAUAUAUGGACUCAGUAUAGGAAUGGUGUCUUGUCUCCGUUACUACUUCAGGCCAUUCUUUUCAUCGCUGUGAUGCACUGCGAUGAAGAUGUCUUGCCGGCUCUCAAUCAUGGAAGCCGCCACAUGGCAAAGUACGUGUUCUACAACAGAGCCAAAGACAUUUACGAUGUGGAUUACGAAGCAAAGAAGUUCACCGUCACUCAGGCUCUGUUCUUGAUGAGCUUUUGGAGAGCAGGGGCACUUCUCGAAAAGGAUGCCCGCCAUUGGUUAGGUGCUGCCAUCAGCCUAGCCCAAACCAAGGCUCUGCAUCGAUCAGCACGUUCGACGACAACCGAGAAAAAGACGAAUAAGCUCCGACGCCGGCUGUGGUGGUCUAUAUAUACCAGAGAGCGACAAUGCGCAGCCGCUUUGGGACUUCCAAACAGGAUUAGGGAUGAGGAUUGCGAUAUCGCGCCCUUGGAUGAACGAGACUUUGAGCACGCUUUCAGUCCUGAUACGGCUUCGGCUAAAGUCCAGGAGUAUAUCGCCUAUGCUGUCGGUAUGGCGCAGCUCUCUCGAGUCUUGGGAAUGAUCGUCCACAGCGGAUAUCUCCCAAGCAAGUCCCUUACUUCCAGCGGCCGCUCGCAGAUGAAGGACGAUCUCACCCGUUGGAGGCAGAACCUUCCUGCGAUAAUGCAACGUGGUGUUGAUGACCUCGACGGUCCACCGGGGUUCUACGCGAACAUGCUACAUCUUGCGUACAACAAUCUUCUCAUCCUUCUUUACAGAUCAGGAUGCAUUGGAAGUGCAGAGGAGAGUCGAGAGGUAGACGGCAAGAUCGCUUUGCAAGCUGCAGCCCGUAACUCUAGUAUCAUGGAGGACAUGCUUCUUGAAGGCAAUCUGCGACAUGGGCAGAUACACGUCAUCACCAACCUCUUCAAUACCCUUUGUAUACACACGGUUAGUCUUCGAGCAUCAGUAGGAACAGGCCGCGCGAUUCUCGAGCACAGAGCCAAACUGUGUCUGCUAGGGCUCCAGGAGUUGCAGAAGACAUGGGAAGGGAGGAACUGGGUGCUCCAACUCUUCUUCCAGUACUUGGAUCGCUCUACGGCAGCACGGUUGCGAAUGCAAGACGACUCCAAUGAACUCUCAGAUACCCAGAGACAUCCAGCCGCAGCUGUCUCGGAUUCAAGACCAGAUUCGGUCGACGACAUGUGCCGCUCAUCACAGCGGCUACCGCAACCCCUGAAUGCGGAUGGACUCGACACCCUCCUCGUAUCAGAUACCCCUUGGUCUUGGUCUACAGAGGAGGCAAACCAGUUUUUAUUCUCCCAGAUUGAGAAGGAUUUUGCUUUUGGUGAAGGGGGAGUGCUUGACUGGAGCCCGGGAACAUCCAGCAACGCAGCGUGA